AUGAAUGACGACGUCUAUUACCCAAACUGCUAUGACGUGUUAAAGGUGCGGUAUCUGCUGCAACAUAUUUGGAAGUGGAAGAGAGACUCGCAAGAGCUCUUUCCCCUUGAGCUUGUGGACAUGAUUUUGGAUGCGGCCGAGCACUGGGCUACCAGCGAGUCGAGCCUGGAAGGAGAAACAACCGUUCGAAAAGAUCAAGAUCAGGUGCUGUUGACAACUGUACCAUUGUGCUAUGAUGUAAAGACGUUGGGUACCGACUCCCCCAGGGUGCUUCCUCAUCGUACUGUUCACCCAUGCCGCAAGAUCAUGUUCACCAUCCUAGCACAUGACCAGGGAUGGGGUGGAGGUACCCGCAGUAAAGGUCCGUACGACGGGUCUUAUACAUGGUUCGACACCCAAAUCAUUCACUCAGCUCAGAAGCCGCCUGCAUCUAGCGACCAACCAACCCAUCAGGAGCAACGGGUUCACUUUGAAUCCGGUGAUCCUCUUUUGCUUCCGAGCGCUCACAAGCUACAGUCAAACCGAACAGCGGAAAGAAGUCCCCAGUUGCAUCAAAUCACCUGGCAUUAUCUCGACGAUAUUCCAAGCGACUCAAGUGAGGCAGAAGAAAUUGAGAACACUCAGGGCCGCGGGCGGGCAACGCUAGAUGGCAGUCAAGUCCGAUCCCUGGAAGUGGGCGAUGCAAUCCAGAUCUGGGCGAGAGCGCGAUUUGGAGGAUGGAUCAAUAAUGUUCAGCGGGUGUCAGUGCGGGUGUUCUGGGCUGUGUGA